AUGAGGCUCUCUUCCUUAUUACUUCUAUCUCUUGCACUUAUAAUACAAUAUAUAAAAUCUAAUGAACUUCGUGAUUCAAAUAACGCGGCAGAUGAUCCAAAGUCUUAUGAUCCUUCAAAAAUAGAACUCGUUGAAGAAAAUCUCGAAAAAUCUGUUUUAGAUGACUAUCAAUAUAGAGUUAUUAAGCUACCGAAUGGUGUAGAAGUGGCAUUGGCUAGCGAUCCCAAUGCACUUAUAUCAUCCGUGACAGCUGCUGUUCGUGUAGGAAAUAAAAACGAUCCUAAGGAUUUUCCGGGAAUGGCACAUUUAUGUGAACAUUUGCUUUUUAUGGGCACAAAAAAAUAUCCUAAAGAAAAUGAACAUGUUGCUUAUGCUAUGGAACGUGGCGGUAAUUUUAAUGCAUUUACAGCCCUCGGUCGUACAGUCUAUAUGAGCGAAAUUCAUCCAAAAUAUCAAUAUCAACAACUUGAUAGAUUGGCUCAAUUUUUUAUUGAGCCCUUAUUCAGAGAAGAAAUAAUAGAACUUGAGACACAUUCUAUUAACUCGGAAUUUGAAAUGUAUUUUACUCAAACUCUUAAAGCUAGAUUUCAGCUUUUUAACCACGCUUUAAGUCAUACCGGCAAAUUUCCAGUGUUUACUACGGGUAAUCGUCAAACAUUGUUUUCUGAGCCUAGAGCUAGAAAUGCGAGCACUAAACAAGCUCUUCAGGAUUUUUUUAAUAAACAUUAUGUUUCUCGUAAUAUCAAAGUAGCUGUAUGUGGGAAUGAAUCACUUGAUGUUCUUCAAGAAUGGGUGGCAACGACAUUUGGUCGGAUUCCAGACCGAGGUCCAACAGAUAUACAAGAUACCGAUCCAUUUGCUGACAUGCCUAGCUAUCAUUUUACAUAUUAUAAUCCUUUUGUAUCUAAUCUCUUGACUUUAGCUUUUAUGGUCCCAAGCAUGGGGGUUCACUAUAAAUCAACUCCUAUGCAUUAUCUGGAUUAUGUUUUUUCUUAUCUGGGCUCUGAUGCUCCUCUUUAUCGUUUAGCGAUUAGAGAUUUAGCUUCGGAUAUCGAUAUUAUAGUGGUACCAUAUUCCGAUAAUUAUGAUAUUGUCCUUGUGUCUUUCGACCUUCUAGAUUAUGGACGAGCCAUGCCCGUUGAGGUGAUCAUAGAGUUUUUCAGAUGUUUACAAUUCUUUAAAGAAUAUGGAGUGAAUAAAGACGUUUUUGAAGACAUAAUGAACGCUCAAAGGGGACAAUUUAAGUAUUCUCCUAAAAAGUCGCCUCCCGGAGUUACUGAAGCACUAGCUCUGAAUUUGUUACAUGAAAAUCUUCCUCGAAAACAUUUAUUAAAUAAACAAAUCAUAAAAGAAUAUGAUGAAGAUGAAUUUAAUGAGCUUUUUUCUGCACUUCAGCCUGAUAAGUUUGUAUCUUUUAUAAAUCUCCCGGGAAAAACAUAUAACCUAACAGAGCCUUAUUAUAAUGUAACUUAUCAAAGAGCACUCCAUAAAGAAACCUUGAUAGAGCUCCUUAAAAGGGUUAAAGCCCCUACUAAAGUACAAUUUCCUCCUAAAAAUAUUUAUAUUACUAUUAAUUCUCCUAUUACUAUGGAAAAAUUAAAUAGCGUAAGCUAA